AUGCCUCCUGUGAUUUGUGGGAUCUGCAACGUUACCUUCCAACAGCUGCCUUACUUUCUCCCCUUAGCAAUUCUCAGGGUCAUUGUUAGUUGGCUUUGCAAUGGUCCAUGGGAGGCCUCGGCGAUUCUGCUGCCAUCCACUUCAUCACCUGAGUCGCAAUCGGCUGGCUGCCGAUAUCGGAAGGUCUUUCUUCAUCAGGCAUCGUUGCUGGACACUUCAGAACCUUUGGAGGGCUGGUUGACUUUGGAUGGGAAGCCGUGCAACCCUUCGUCCCGAUUCCACUGGCGGCCCCCUGUAGCAGCGCCCACUGUGACCUAUGCACCAGUGGAGGUCUCAAAGUGGGCCUCUGCGGCAGAUCAAGCAGUGGGCAACAACGGGCAGAUCACUCGUGCUCACCAGAAGGAGUUCCUGAAGUCCCAAGGCCUUGAUGUCACCGAGGACGAGAUCCGGGAAGCCUUGCGCAUCACAACGCCGCCGCCCACCACGGCAUGGACGACCGCGGCACCGGUGUCGGAUGGAGUUCCUGAAGGAAUUCCUGCAGGCAUUCUCGAAGGAUAUUCUCCCGGCCACAUUUCGGUGAAUGUCACUGAUGCGGACCGUUUCGUGCACGAUGCUCGGAUGAUGCAAAAGAUCAAGGAGAUUUUGGCCAACAGGACAGGCCUUGACCCUGACUACUUCCGCAUCAACUACACCAAGCUGCACGAUGGGACCCCUGGGACGCCUGGGACCCCUGGGGCUCCGGUGACACCGGUGACGGGAUUUCUCCAAGUGGCUCGGGCUCUGCCGUUGGACGUGGUGGAAGCAGGUAUCACUGCCUCCAUCCCGGAGAGUGACAAGAAGGCGGCCGAAAAGUGGCAAUCCGUGAAGGAAAACGAUCUGUACAAAGCUGUGCAAGACGCCUAUCGGGAGAUGGUCCAUGAAGAUAGUUCUGAAGCUCAGGGGACCGGCUGGGGACCGGCAGAGACCGUGGCCCAAGUGGUGUCGCGGCUCCAAGAAACCCAAGCCAGUCGCAGCAGUCGGCCACUAACGACAUCACCGUUGCCAGCUGCAGCGCCUGCUGCGCAACCAGCUGCUGUGGCUGCUGCCCCUGCAGAGGCCAAGAUGGUCCCAUCGGCGACAACAGCUCCUGAGGUUCUGAACAAAUGGGAGAAGGCCGGUGAAGAUGCUCCAGCUCCAACGGAUGUGGCCUCACCAGCCAAAGAUGCCGGAGCUCCGGCUGUGGAUGUCUCCAAGGAGGUCCCCGAUGUCUUGUCACCCUCACAGUCAUCAUCUGCUCCUGAAAAGGUCCCGUUGAUCCCCGAGUCAAACUCAAAGGCAGUGGAGACUGAAGUUGAGAAGAUCGGAGACAAGUUGGACACAUUGACCAAAAAGAUCAGCAAUGUUCCUCAUGAAGCGCCAGCAAAACUGACACCGGUUCAACGACAGAUCAACAACAUCAACCAAAAGAUGGAGAAACUGUCCGAGCAAAUCAGUCGCAACGGAUGGACUUUCACCCAAGGCAAAGGCUCGGAAUUGCGCUGUCGCAUGUCAAGAGAGUACAGACACUUUGUCCAGCUGGAAGCUUUGGACAUCUUUGGACUGUGGAGUCAAGUGGCAGUGGAGACUGAAGUUGAGAAGAUCGGAGACAAGUUGGACACAUUGACCAAAAAGAUCAGCAAUGUUCAACGACAGAUCAACAACAUCAACCAAAAGAUGGAGAAACUGUCCGAGCAAAUCAGCCGGGUGGGCAAGCCGGAGCCCGCACCGAAGUCACCUCCUGGGACCUAUGGCGGCCAUGGCGGCCAUGGCGGCCAUGGUGGCCACGUGGAUGCGCAGAUCAAUGCGAUCAACGAAAAAAUGGACUCCUUGAGCAACAAGAUCAAGAGAGUUGGGAGGAAGACUGAAACUCUGGAAGACUUGAACCAUGCUCACACAUGGAAGUUGGAGGACAUCGACUCCAAAGUGGAUCAGUUGGCGAAAAAGUUGGGAGAUCCCAAGGUGGAACACAUGCAGAGUUUGCGUGGCAAGAUCGACCACCUGUUGAAGAGUGUCAAGGAGGCAGAUAAGGUCCUUAAAGUCAUGGACGUCGCUGCCUCACCAGCGGCCGUCGAGUCCGUCGAGUCCGUGGCGCAGUCGCCGGCGGCGGCGCCGUCGAUGGUGCUGCCGCCCAUCGCUUCGCAAGCGGCCCUGGCACCACAAGCUGCGAGAGGAGAAGUCACGGCAGCUCCCAUGGAGGCCAAGCUGGUCCCAUCGGCGACAACAGCUGCUGAGGUUCCAAUCGUCGAUGUCUCACCACGGUCCUCAGCUCCUGUGCUGAGCCCGGUGCGGACACCCGUGGCACCAUCCAUCGCACAGGCGCCCGCAGCGGCAGUGGCAAUGUCGCCCGCCCAAGCACCGCCAGCAGAAGCCAAAGUGGCACCUGUGGCGGCCGCUCCUGCCGAGGCCAGCAGAAGCAACACGCUGUCAGCAGAGGCACGAUCCAAAAUGCAGCAAAUCGAGGACAAAAUCGACAAGUUGGGUGAAAGGUUCAAGAGACAGGCAUCUUCAGCUAGGGCAGUAGCCAAGGCAGGGUUUGGCUGUUGGACCUGGAUUUUUGCAGCCGACAUUGCCGCCAUAACCAAACAGUAUAUGGCUGAACAGGGUAACAUGUGCGCAAUUGCCACUUUUAUGACAUGGGAUUUGUAUAGGGAGUUAGAAACAAUAGAAACAAACAACGACGAUUUGCCUUCUCAAUAUGACAGUGCCACAGUGCCAGUUCGUUGUGGAUGGCCCAUGGCCCAUAGCCCACUGCUACAAACCCAUCUCAGGCGCAGGAACCUUCCAAGGCGCAACGGAGUCGAAGAAGUUGAACCCACUGAACCCACUGAACCAGCCGUUCCGUCCCAGCGUUCAGCGUUGCGCAAGGCCUUCAUGAAUUCGCAGGUGGCUCAAGUGGCCAAGGUGGAGCUGAUGGACGUGAAGACUGAUGUCCAGCAGGAGAUCUUGACCCACGCCUUAGAUGGCAAGGCGCAGAUGCAGGGACAGGUGGAAGCUGCAGACCAUCAAAGGAAGGAGAUCCUUCAGAAGUUGAAUGUCACCAUGCAGAAACGCCUUUCGGAGGCACGAGCCAGCCUUGAUGAUGCAGAGAGCCAAGUGUCGGAAACUGCCAGACAUGUGGUGCAAGAAGUGGUGGGAAACGUCUCGCUGGAAGCCGCACACGUUGCAGUUGUUGGGACCGAUGCCGAGAAGUUAAAGAUGGAGGCGGAGAGCCUCCAAAACAACAUCUCUGCUUUGCUCAGUCAUGUGGAGCAAGAUUCCGGACUAGCAGCAGAGAUUGCGGCUCAACUGCCAAGCUCCCAAGAAGUGGCGUUGGAAGUUGAAGCCAUCAAGGCGGAUGUGAAGGACAUCCAAGUGGAGGCGGGAGAGACCGAUGAGUUGGCAGAUGAGUCACUGGCCGCGGCGGAAAGCGCCAUGCAGGUCCUCAAUCGCUCCGACGUGAUGGCUCAAGAGGCCAGAUCCAGAGAAUCUGAAGCCGAAUGGGCACCACAAAACAACACGUUUCAUGUGGACAAACGUGGCUGUGGCUCAAGUUGGGGCCUCCGGGCGGCCUCAGUCGAAGCUCCUGGGAAAUCGAAGAAAAAGAAACCCGCGGCCGAAGCCGCUGCCGCGGACGAUGAAGCACUAGCCGAGGCUGCAGAGGCUGCGGCCGCGGAGGCUGCGGAGGCGGAGGACCCAGAGGCCGCAGCCGAGAACGGUGAUGUCCUCGACGAGGAGGGCGCGGCAGAUGGCGAUGCUGCGGCCAAGAAGAAAAAGAAAAAGAAGAAAAAGGGCAAAGGAACCGAAGGAACUGAAGGAGCCAAUGAAGAUGACAAAGAAGGAGCCGAGGAAGAGGCUCGAGAGGCUCCUUUUGCACCACCUCCAAGAACGGAGGAAGAUGGAGAAGAGGAGGAUGGAGAAGAGGAGCAGGAAGGUGCUGUGAAGAAGAAGAAAAAACGAAGAGGAGGAGGGAAGAAAAAAACUGGUACCAGUGGACUGGAUGGCAUUGCAACUCACGGUGUGUCCGAUGAGGACUUUGCUGCCUGGUGCCAGAAGUCGCUGGAGGCAAUGGCCAACAACUCGCAGAGUAUGUCAGAACAGGAACUGAAGCGGCCUCCAAAGGAAUUCUGGGGCUAUCAGUUCAGUGGCUCCUUGCGACCUGCCUUUGUUACCAAGCAGAUGCGGAUGCCCGAGGGCAUUCUCUUGCCUGACUAUGCCCUACAACCAGAUGGAUCUAGUGCUUGCGAAAGGAUUGGGGUGAAAGAGGUCCCAAUCCUUCAGGGACAGGAGUUGGAGACGAUGCGAAUGGCUUGCAAACUGGGAAGGGAGGUCCUGGAUAUCGCUGCCCGCUUCAUGCGACCGGGAGUCACUGGAGAUGAGAUCGACCGGGUGGUGUACCAGGCAUGCGUGGAUCGCAAGAUCUAUCCGAGCCCCUUGAACUAUUUCCGCUUCCCCAAGACGGUGUGCGUCUCGGCCAACGAGGUGAUCUGUCAUGGCAUCCCUGACUGUAGACCGAUUGAGGAGGGAGAUAUUGUGAACCUGGAUGUGAGCAUCUUCUAUCAAGGUUUCCACUCAGAUCUCAACGAGACCUUCUUCAUCGGUGACUGCGAUGAAGAUUCACAGCGAUUGGUCAGGACGGCUUACAGCUCCUUGUUCGCGGCCUCCCGACUGAUCCGCCCUGGAACCUUCUACAGGGACCUAGGCAAUGCCAUCAAUGCGGAGGCCGGGAAAAAUAAUUGUGCUGUAGUGACCACGUACUGCGGGCAUGGGGUGGGACAGCUGUUCCACGGCCCACCUAAGGUGCCCCACUACAGGAAGAACAAGGCUGUUGGUAUCAUGAAGCCUGGCCACGUUUUCACUGUGGAACCCAUGAUCAACCUGGGUGGAAACGGUGGAGAUAGGACUUGGCCUGACAACUGGACGGCCGUGACGCGGGACGGAAAGAGGUCGGCGCAGUUUGAGCACACCUUCUUGGUGACCGAGACAGGUGUGGAAGUCCUCACAGCACGUGUUGGAACUGACCCGACCUGCAUGCCACCUUACAAUCUGGCGAUGUUUCAGAGAUGA